CUUGAGGACUUCUCUCGCCCUGAGCGAGACUUUGUUGCCGUGCUCCACGGUACCUGCCUCGACCUGCGAAUCCUCGACCAUCUCAACGUAUCCUGUUUGUUUCGGGCGGUUUAUCUUCUUGACUCGAACAAGGUCGCUCAGUGGCGAUUGCAGCUGCACUACCAUCUCAGCCUCAGGACAUUAUGCGAAACCCAGGGGUUCCUUUCACCUCGGGACACGCAGCUGAGAACGAUGCACAUUUCGCUCUCAGAGCGCUGCUUCUGCUCGCCGUAAGGGAUGCGCAACGAUUGAGCCAUGUCCACGGAUACACGAGCAUCGCCGAGGAGGUCGUGUUGCAGAGAUUACAGGACAUCGCGCUGGGACCUCGGCCCGUAUCGGAAGAAGAUCUCUUGGCAGCUCGGAUCAAGGCGAACCGCGAGCGGACCGUGACAGAUUUGGAGAAGAAGUGGCUGACAAGGGCCAUGAAACAAGCAAGGAAGAGCAAAGGCGCGCAUUGGCGGGACCAAGAGAUAAUCCCUAUGAUGGGGAAGAGGCUCUUCUUGGAGCUCUUGAUGAGGAGGCUAUACGAGCGAGCUGAAGUAUCGAGGGCCGUUUUAUAUUUUCUGGCCCUCGACAAAACUGGAAAGAGGGAAUUCCGAAGAGAUCAGCUUACACAAAAUAAGGAAAGGCAACGACAGGCCAUCGAGCAACGUGCGCGGGCAGAGCCGGUGGCAGAGGACACCGAGACACCGGUAGUCUAGGAGAGAUUCCCGGUUGUCUGCCCCUUCAAUCUUCUUCGACCCGGC